AUGCGUCGUUACACAAACCGAUGUGAAGAUGCUAUUGCUGACAAUUAUCCACAGGGUAUGGUCGACAAUACAUCUCAGAUUGCUCGCCUCGGUAACCGUGUUCUCAUGGCAGCUCAAAAUGAAGCUGAAAACUCGGAGGAGCCAGCGUAUUGCGAUCGAGUAAACAGUGCGGCGAACCAAGUGCGCUCCGGGGAGAGAAAUGAUCGUGACCUUCCAAAUGUGCUUGUCAGAAAUGGUACUUCACAGCAGAUUGUCAUUUUGCUGUAUUGCAAUGUGAAGGCAAAUGGGAGUGGCGGGAGCGAAUUAUCAGCGAUUUGCCUAUAUCGGUAGGG